UCUUCGAAUUACCCCUUUUACAAUACUCACUUUAGCACUCCUCACUCGUUGCAUUGUGAAGUAGAGAAACUUAUUGGAAAUAAAUCGACUUCCACAGCUACGAUACGGCGGCGUGAACGUUUAACACAUUUAACUGCUGAGGAGAAACAAAAUCGACGAAAGUUAAAAAAUCGGGUUGCGGCACAAACAGCUCGAGAUCGUAAAAAAGAACGGACGUUUAAACUCGAACAAGCUUUGCGUUUACUUUGCGCCGAAAACAAAUCACUUCGUGAAGAAAAUCAGUCGAUAAAAGUAAAAUUAUUGGAAGCUGAAAAACGAAAUGGAAAAUUGGAAGAAAAAUUAAAACGAAUCGAGAAUGAGCGAAAAAAUGAAAUGAAGUCAGUGGAUUAUAUUUCAGGUGCAUUCUCCGUUGAAUCAGCAGAAUUCAUUAAUGAACCCCAGCAGCGGGCACAGGUAAUGCUACCUCAGGUACUAAUUCCACUUCUAAUAAUGUUAAUAGCAUUGAUCUACAAGGCAUCUUGGACGAACUAUUUGAAUCAGAUCUUGAACUUAACGAAUUCUGUAAACAAAUUCUCGACGAAAAAAGUCAGUCCAUUCAAAAUUCAUCAUCAUCACCAAAAUCAUCGUUUGAAAUUUCGAAUGAAUAUGAUUAUGCAAAAGUUAUUAGCUCGUACGAAAUGGAAAUGUCGAAAACUGUUAACACCAGUCGAGCAGAUAGCCCUUCCUUACAUCUUCACCUAG